GCAAUGUGACUCUGAUGCAACAAAGUUGACAGUGCAAAGAAGAAAGUGAUUGAAUGUGAAAGAGAACAUAAGCAAAACAAAGCAUAUAAUAAAAUAAAUAUCAACAUACACAAAUAGUGAGAAAGACUUCGUGGUUAAUUUAGAUUAACAAAGGCAAAACAAUCAGCAAAUAUAACUGCAGACAUUGAAAACCUGAUGGCAACAACAGCAACAAAAGCCGCAGCAGCAGCGCCGCCCGCCAAUGCGGCUCCCGUCAUCAGCAGCAGCAGCAGCAACAGCAGCAACAACAACAACAACAACAGCAACAGCAACAACAUCAUAAGUGCACCGAUCAAAAUUCCAUUGAACGAAAGGUUCUUAACGCAAACAUCAACCGGGUCAGCGGACAGCGGGGUCAUCGUGACGAGCGCCUCACAGAAGCAGCUCUGCAGCGGCUCGCAGGCGACGCUGCUACAGCUGCAACAGCUGCCGGUGCGCAGCAGCAGCGGCUCACUCAGCCUGCACGGCCCGCUGCCCAAAUGGCAACGCCAGCAGCAACAGCAGCAGCAGCAGCGCCAACUGCUGCAGCAGCAGCAGCAACAGCAGCAGCUGCUGCUCAGCCAGGACAGCGGCAUCGAGCAGCGUGUCGGUGAGCGCGCCUCCGGCGGCGCGGGUGGCGCCCAAUCGAACAGCAGCAGCGAAUCGCUGGGCAGCAGCAGCGGCAAUGAACAGCUACAGGUGGCAGCUGCCGCCAGAGGUGGACGCACACGCGCCGCCUCAGCGCUCGAAUUGAGCAGCGUUGGCGUCAGUGUCGGUGCUGGCAGUGUCGUUUUGCGUCGCAUCAAAUACAAGAGCACCAACAGCACCGGCACGCAGGGCUUUGAUGUGGAGGAUCGCAUCGAUGAGGUGGACAUUGUCGAUGAUCGUGACGAUGAGGACGAUCUGGAGGAGGAAGAGGAUGAGGAUGAUGGCGUUGCUGUCGAUGUCGAUGUGGAUGUGGAUGUCGAUGUCGAUGUCGAUGUGGAUGUGGACGAAGAUGAUACACAGUCGGGCAUCAUUAUUAACAUUGGCAAGCACGAGCAUGUGCAAAGAUUAAAGGCAACGCCUGCGGCUGCGACGGUAGUGAAGCAAGAGGAGGAGCUGCCCUUAGAGUUGGCGCCAUUAACAGUUGCUGCUGCGGCGGCAAAAAGACGUGAUGCACGCAGUUUGGGCACAGAUGGUCGCAUAUUUUUUCCGCUUCUAAAGAUCAACGAGGAUCCGCAUAUUGAUGCCAAGCUGAUCAAUCGCAAGGAUGGCCUGCAGGACACCAUGUACUAUCUGGACGAGUUUGGCAGUCCAAAGCUGCGCGAAAAGUUUGCACGCAAACAGAAACAGCGCAAGGCCAAACAGCAAAAGGCGCUGCUCAAACGGGAGCGCGAGGAGCAGCGCAAGAAGCGCAACACAACGGUGGCCUCCAAUCUGGCGGCCAGCGGCCUUGAGACCAAAGACCAACCCAACCACUGUGAUAGAAAUCGUUUAACGAUUGACAAACAGAUAUCGGAUCCGCAUCCAAAUGCCGUUGCCGUUGAUGACGAUGAUGAUCCCGAUGCAGAUCUGGUUAAGAUGCGCGUCCGCAGUCAUAGUCAUGAUAAUCAUUACGAUGCUAUUCCCGAUCUAAAACCUGUCCCAGUACGCCGUCACUCAGAUGAUCGCAAUGCCGCAGCCGAUGAUGCAGCUGGCUACGUUGAUGAUGAGUAUGAUGAAAUUGAGACGGGCGCCGAGGCGGAGGCUGCACUGCAUGUUGGCAACGACAGUCUCGAGAGUGUAAAGACUGCAAAACUGGCUAGAACACAAUCCUGCGUUAGUUGGACCAAAGUGGUGCAAAAGUUUAAGCAUAUACUAGGUCGUGAUGGUUCCAAAAUUACAACAGUCGUUGCAACGCCUGGCCAAGGCACCGAUCGGGUUCAAGAAGUUUCCUAUACAGAUACAAAAGUUAUCGGCAAUGGCAGCUUUGGGGUCGUCUUUCAGGCGAAACUGUGCGACACCGGCGAAUUGGUUGCAAUCAAAAAAGUUUUACAAGACAGACGAUUUAAGAACCGUGAAUUGCAAAUAAUGCGCAGAUUGGAGCAUUGUAACAUUGUAAAACUUUUAUACUUUUUCUAUUCGAGCGGUGAAAAGCGAGAUGAAGUAUUUUUGAAUUUAGUCCUCGAAUAUAUACCAGAAACUGUAUACAAAGUGGCACGUCAAUAUGCCAAAACCAAGCAGACGAUACCAAUCAACUUUAUACGGCUCUAUAUGUAUCAAUUGUUCAGAAGCUUGGCAUACAUUCAUUCGCUGGGCAUUUGCCAUCGUGAUAUCAAGCCGCAGAACCUGCUGCUCGACCCGGAAACGGCCGUACUCAAGUUGUGCGAUUUUGGCAGCGCCAAGCAGCUGCUGCACGGUGAGCCGAAUGUCUCGUAUAUCUGCUCCCGGUAUUAUCGGGCCCCCGAGCUCAUAUUUGGCGCCAUCAACUAUACAACUAAGAUCGACGUGUGGAGUGCCGGUUGCGUUUUGGCCGAACUGCUUUUGGGACAACCCAUAUUUCCCGGCGAUUCUGGUGUCGAUCAACUGGUCGAGGUGAUCAAAGUUUUGGGCACACCGACAAGAGAACAAAUACGCGAAAUGAAUCCAAACUAUACGGAAUUCAAAUUUCCGCAGAUUAAAAGUCAUCCAUGGCAGAAAGUUUUCCGUAUACGCACUCCGACAGAAGCUAUCAACUUGGUGUCGCAGCUGCUCGAGUACACGCCCAGCGCCCGCAUCACGCCGCUCAAGGCCUGUGCACAUCCGUUCUUCGAUGAGCUGCGCAUGGAGGGCAAUCACACCUUGCCCAAUGGCCGCGACAUGCCGCCACUAUUUAACUUUACAGAGCAUGAACUCUCGAUACAGCCUAGCUUAGUGCCACAGUUGUUGCCAAAGCAUCUGCAGAAUGCAGCACACACAACCGGUGCUAAUCGCGCCUCGGCCGGCGGUGCAGCACCCGCCGCGGCCAGUGGCUCAACCAGCGUCUCCUCAACGGGCAGCGGUGCGUCCGCUGAUGGUGCCGCUCAGUCACAGCAACAGCAACAGGCGCCCGCAUCAGCAGCAGUAGGAGCUGCCAGUGCAGUUGCCGGUGGCGCCCCAAACGUUGGCGUUCAGGGCAACAACAGCAGCAGCAACAGUGGUAAUGCAACUGCCGUCGCAUCUGCUGUUGCAUCGGCUCCAAAUGCGCAGCAAUCAAAUGCGCCAGCAACUGUCGCCGGCGGUGGUGGCGGCGGCGGCGGUGGUAGCGGUGGUGGCGUUGCGGCAGCUGCCACAGCAGCCGGCGCAAUUGCCACAAGCAAUGCUGGUGGCGCCAACAUAACAGGCUCGCAGUCGAACAGCGCCUUGAACAGCAGCGCCAGCGGCAAUGGUGUGGCUGAAGGCAGCGCUGCAGGUGACGAGGAGGGUGGUGGUGGUGGUGGUGGUGGAGGUGAUGAUGGCGGCAGCAGCAAUGGCAGCGGCGACAACGACGCAGCACCAGCAGAAGCUGACGCAACGUCAGCCGGCACAUCGGGUUAGCACAGCGGCGGCGCCAUGUUAAUGUAAAUGUUGUUUACAGUGAACUGUUAUUAACAUUUUUUUUUUUCUUGCUCGCCUCUUAUGCAACGGGGCUUAAAGUAAAUAAAGCAACAUUCAAUUUACAGCUUCACACAUACACACAUACAGAAAGAAGCACGGAAAGAGCAAAACAAGCAAAGUCUAAAAAUUAAAAAGUUCACCCAAAUCGCAUAUGUAGGAAUAGCAAGGGUUAAAUAAACUAUUUGUUUGAAAACAGGGCUUAAAUUUAUUUUCACCCAACUCACACACACACACACACUUAAACACACUUAAACACACACUUAAACACACAUGCAUGCAUGCAUGCAGCUGUGUUCUUCCGAAAGCUUUCCCUAUGUUAAAAGCUUUUCUCUGCUCUUCUCUUAUGGAUCGCAAAUGCAUGUUUGUUUACACACACAUGCAUAUGCAGCGUGCGUAAGCGAUGUGUGUGUGUGUGUGUGUGGCCUUGUAUUGUGUAUGUGUGUAUGAUUGCUUGUACAUUGGGCGCAAUGCAAAAUCUUAGCAUAAUCGAAAACAAAAUAAAAUAAAAAAAAACACACAAAAUACAAAGCAAAGCAAAUGCCUAACUGCAUAUGUAACAAAUAUGUAUUAUUAUUAAAAAAAAAAGAAAAAAGUAAAAACAAAAAUUAAUUCAGACCUAAUAACAGACACGCACGCAAUACGGUGUCACAAAUCAAAAAGGCAAAA